AUGUAUGAGGCGCGUCCGAGCGAUGUGCCGGAGCCCCUCUUGCCUGUGCCCACCUGGCAUGCGGGCUCUGCAGACACUUCUGUACCGCUCGAAAGCGUAGGAGAACGACCAAUUCAGCACCUUGUUGUAUUGUGUGGUUUGAUUGGCAGCGGUAAAUCGACGUUGGCGCAAGCUGCCGUAGAUACAUGGCCAGGGACAUGGGAUCGCCUGAACCAGGAUGAACUGGGCCGUCGAACGGUCGUGGAAGCGCGUGUACGUGCUUCGUUCGAGGCAGGCCAUCAUAUCCUACUUGAUCGGACCAACAUUGAUCGCCGACAACGUGCUGACUGGCUUCUUAUAGCGGCUGAGGUGCGACGUUCGACUGGCCGCCGCAUUGUCACGUCGCUUCUCUUUCUCGACGUACCAGUGUCUGUGUGUCGAGAGCGUCUACGUUUACGUACGGACCACCCGACGUUGAAAACUACAGAGGAUGCCUUGCGGUACGUUGGUCAUCUCUCACCCCAGUGUGUUGGCUAUGUUCGAGCGUAG